AAGUUGAACCAGCCAUGCAAAUAACACCAACAAAAUAUACAAGCAAUUUUAAUCCAAACUAGAGCGUCCUAUUUAAAUUCGGCGCAGUGGUGAGUUAGCAGGUGGUGAACUUAUAGCGGUAGAAUGGGGAAUUGAUGAAGGCGCCAAUAAAGUUGACCGCCAAAAGCGAAACAAACAAGUGGGCAGAACAAGAAAAUCGCCAAGGAUUUGGCAAUCGAAAUCACUACGCACGCUGGAACCCAAAGUCGAAACUUCCCAAUUGUUACGUUUAUCGCAAAUAGAUCAGGAUGGCGAGCAAGCGGCUGAUGCUCGAUGUGGAGGAAGAAGAUGAUGAAAGUGGAGCGUGUGGUCAGGAGAAUUUAGAUCCCCAUGCUGCCGAUAUGGAAUACCAGGCCAAGAGGCGCAAAUCUGGCGCGCAGGAGACUCCGCUGCAAUGGCUGCUGAAGCGGCAUGUUCCCGCCAGCGCCAGCGUUCUAUCGCCCAUCACCGAAUUGUCGCAGAAUAUGCAGGUAGCCCGCCUGGAUGGCACUCCCAAGUCCACCCAGAGAAUGCCAGCCGCCAGGACGCUGAACAACUUUAAUAGCCUGUCCUCGCGAACCCUCGGCAGUUUCAGUAGCUCCUGCUCGAGUUACGAGUCGGGCAACUCGCUGGAUGAUGAGUAUAUGGCCAUGUUCGAAAUGGAAUCAGCCGAGAAUCACCAUAUUGAGUUGCCCGACGACUUGGAAGUGCUCCUCAGCGGACAACUGAAGUCGGAGAGCAAUUUAGAGGAGAUGCCCAACAAAAAAGGCUCCUUGCGUCGCUGCCUCAGCAUGUAUCCCAGUGAACAGCCAGAGGAAGCGGUUCAAGCACUGGACGAGGAGACCAACAUGCCCAUCAAGAAGAUGCAACGGAAAACCCUAUCAAUGAACGACGCCGAGAUCAUGAGAGCACUGGGCGAUGAACCAGAGUUAAUUGGAGAUCUCAGCAAGCCUUGUACGCUGCCCUGUUUGGCGACAGGCAUAAGGCAUCGUGAUCUAAAGACCAUCUCCAGUGACACAUUGGCCAGACUGAUUCAGGGCGAGUUUGAUGAGCAAUUGGGAAGCCAGGGCGGCUACGAGAUCAUAGACUGCCGCUACCCAUACGAGUUCCUUGGCGGACACAUACGGGGGGCCAAGAAUUUGUACACACGUGGCCAGAUACAGGAGGCGUUUCCCGCGCUGACCUCCAAUCAGGAAGAUCGUCGCAUCUACGUGUUCCACUGUGAGUUCUCCUCGGAACGGGGUCCCAAGCUACUGCGCUUCCUGCGCAGCAACGAUAGAAGUCAACAUGCCCACAACUACCCGGCACUAGACUAUCCGGAACUUUAUAUCCUGCACAAUGGGUACAAGGAGUUCUUCGGCCUCUACUCGCAGCUGUGCCAGCCCAGCCAAUAUGUACCAAUGCUCGCACCGGCGCACAAUGAUGAGUUCCGACAUUUUCGGGCCAAGACCAAGUCCUGGCAAUGUGGCGAGGGCGGAGACAGUGGAAUCGGCGGUGGAGGCUCUCGUGGCCUCCGGAAAUCACGUUCUCGACUGCUCUACGCCGAGUAAUGUUUUCAGGCUGCAGAUACAAUUCUUGAACCGAUCCCACCUGCCAUAAGCUCACAGAGAUCUCAAUGAGAAACGAUGGCUGCCCAAUUUUACUCAGAAUUAUUUUGUAAUAUUUAAGGACGCACAUUUUAAGGUUCAUUUCUUGUUGCGUUGUUCAAAUGUUGUGAAUGCACUUUAUAUUUAUUUAGUUCCUGAUUUUGUAUUAUGUUCCACGUUGUGUGAACACAGAGAACCCAAAAAAAACCACCAAAGAUUGGAAGAAGAACAGAAAAUGGAUAAAUGUUCUCUAGUCAGUGUAUGUAAUAGUUUCAAAAUUAAUUAAAGUUCAUUUUUGUGUUCGGAAUUUAAAAGUUAACUUAAGAAAGUAUUUCAUAUUUUAUUUUAGUACUUAAGCAUAAUAAUCUAACCCUUGGAUUUAAGAACUUCAAAGAAAAUUACGAAAAUUGUCUAUGUAUAAAUACAAACUAUGCUGAAACUA